AGUCACCACCAUCCAGCCACAGAUCACACACACCACCACCACACGUUUGAAUCAUCUCCUUUAUAGUCUCCAAAGAAAUCUCAUUUGUGAACCCCUUCGUUUAUAACCUCAGUUUCUAGCUUAGAUAUUCAAAUCUCUCCCAGAGUAGGCCUGAUGCGUCUCUCAAUACUUCCCGUUCUUGUUGCAGGGGCUGGUAUUGUCAGCCAAGUCACUGCGGAGCCCCUCCGUCCCUUAAUUGGGAGUCCCUCAAAUGCCAACGCAAACAUUCGCUUCGGCCAUGCCCUUGCCAAUGCCAACGUGAAUGGCAAUGAUGAUUCUGACAAUGUCGCCCGCUUGGUGCGUCCGAGCCUCGCAAUGACCACCUCCAACGAAGUCAAGGGCAAACAUCACUUCUGCGGUGCGUCCCUGAAAGCAAAGGCACUUCGCAUGUCAAACGCAUUCCGUCAUGCUCUUGGCCUUCCUCUCAUUGAGAUGGGCGAUCACGACACAUUCAAGAGCGAAGUCGUCAACAAACCCAUUCCUGUUUCUGGAGAACUUCACAUCCUUCCCAUCCCCUUGUUCGGGCAACCCGCUACACCAAACAUCCCCGCUAGUUCCUCUGAGAAGGAAAACGCAGGUGAUGUCAAGGAGCUUCUUUCUGAUGGGUCCGUCGUGCGGAUCUAUCGCCACCAUGAGGCUGAAUCUCACCACCACAAUCACCAUGACAUGGAGCACAAGAAAGCUGGGUCUUUCCUUAGGCGUGUUCACCGCGCCAUCAUGGCUCUAGGCCUAUGGGAGGGUCGCGCUGUUGCGUUCGUUCUUGGUUGUGGAAUCGGUGUUUUGCUUCGCAUGUUUUGGGUAAUGUCUGUCCUCGCGUAUCGCACUGUCAGGGGUGAGAGAUCGGAGGAGGUCAGCCACGGGUACAUCAUGUUUGAACAUGAUGCAGAGAACAACUUCGUGGCUCCCCCUGAAUACACUGACGAAAAGAUGAAGGUAGCCGAGGUCGAGGCUCAAGAGAUCGAGACUCGCGUGGAGUGAACGACACCAAUCCUCUCCACUUGAAACACCACCAUGCCCAUCAAUAUUUAUAUCUCGUUCGCCCUGUGACUACAUAUUUACACCCAGAUUCAUUUCUGUUUUCCUCUUUGCCUGAUGCAUAGCUCGUCGUUUGGUUUGGAAAUUCUUCGUGUCUGUCUUUGACGGACUUUGAAUCUCACCCUCCUUUGUCACUGCACAUGUUGUAUUUCUGUUGCUUGGUGUUCGUAGUAACACAAUUGAUAUGAUUGCCUGUAAAUACAAACUGCCAGCGAAUAAACAGCGUGCUCAACCUAUGAGUCACAGCAGCCUCCGAAACAUCUGAACUCUAUAAC